CCAGCACUCCAACAAACACCACAAAACACCACAAAACACAACACCACAAAACACAACACGACACAAAACACCACAUCGGAAGAGUGACAAGCAUGGCGAUCCCUCACACCGUCGCGAAUCUCGUGGAUCGUGCCUCGAACUCCGCAUCUUCUGUUGCCGCUACCGAUCGGGCAUCCGUAGCUCCCUUGUCUCCGGCACCGGUCGAGGCCGGCGGGGCCAGGAUGCUGGCCUGCAGCAGCAGCGGCGGCGGUUCCGCUUCCCCGGGACCCUCGGUCCGGUCCCUCCAGGCCAAGCUGAUCCAGGCGCGCAAGCGCAACGAGCUGCUGCAGAACAUCGAGAAGGGAGUCGACGAGUACGGAUAUCCCCUGUGCGAGUUCCGAAAGGGAUUCCUGGACCACUACAAGCCGAGGGGCAUGGUAAUUAGCGUGAGUCGAGUCGAGUCCAGUCGAGUCGUCUCUGGUCGUUUCGUUUGUGGGUUGCGAUUGGCAAUCGAUGGAUGCAAAAGGAUUUUGUGUUCGGCCGAUGCCCCACCGGGUUUUGACCUCUUUCCCGUUUGCCUUCUCUGAACCGCACCCCGAAAUGCUUCUUGCUCAACAAACGCAUCCGACGCUUCUUUUCGCUCGUUUCUUCCGUCGCUUCUGUUCUGUUGUUCCCUGGUGCCAACGGCAUCGCAUGGUGUGACAUCGCAGACAAUCCGCGUUGCGCUGCAGCAAAGCGUUACGAUACUGGCUAAUUUCAUGGGGGAGCAGCUGGAACUGGAUCUGAAGCGCAACCAGCGGGUCAACGAAGGACAAAUCACGCAGAUGGAGGCCGACCUCGAGGCAGACGAGUGGGAAAAGGUGGGUGUAGUUUCGUUCAUUUUUAUUCGAUUCGACUCGACUCGACUCGAUUGAAGUCAAUUCCAUAGUGGAAUAUUGUGCUGUGCUCUCUGGAUCCAGUCGGCUGUGUCCUGCGCAAUGCAUAUAUUCGGUGCAGUGCUGCUCUAUCAAUACAGUAUCGUCGCGAUGAUUGAUGGUUUUAACCAUCGCUGAAAUCUGAACCGGAAGGCAACCGACGGGUCCGAAUGUUGCGGUGCAUUGCAACGACUUCCUCCGGGAGCGCUGCAGCUGCGCAUUCGCAUUCGUCAUCCGCCUUUCUUGGAUGACAAACUGUAUGACUGAGCGAUUUGAAAACACUGGACAGAGCAACACUGCAUCACGGCCAUCGCGCUCGAAACAAGUGCAAUCGAAAAACGAAACGACAAACCUGUCCGUUGACGCAAGGCGCAAUGAUCGAUGGUUUUUUACCAUCGCUGAAAUCUGAACGAAAGACAACCGGCGGGUCCGUCCAGGGACGAAUUGAAUUGAAUUGAAUCCAGGUAUGCCCACUCCUUCUUUCUGGGACGUGGUGCGGCUUGGCAGUCUAGUUCGUUUUGUUCGUGCUCGCCAGCCUUCUUUUAUGGAUGCCAACUUGUACAACUGAGCGCAGCGUCGGCUGAUAGCUUUCUCGUCUUCACAUUCGCAAUUCCAUUCGUUACGGAGAGAAUGGAAAAGAAUAGGGCGAAGUUCCUGCAACAAAUGCUUGUGAAUUUGCCCCGGCUGCCAAAUUUUGUCUCUAACCGGGUUUUUGUCUUGUACUGUACGUUGUGUUCCUUUUCCGAUGGAAAUGGCUGUAUCAGCUCGAGUGGGACAAGCGUUGGACUACCUUCCCAAACAAGUUUGUCACCGCCCUUGUCAAGUACCAUUCUGUGACCCUGAUUCUUCGAUUCUAUGAGUAUCUCGCUGCCAAAUUAGUGGACAUGCACAAACUCAACAAACUCACUGUGGAUCCCUUUGCCAUGGCGAGACGUAUGUCCUCCAGGAUCGAAGCGAAGAGCCCACCGGGCAAGACCGAAACCGUUCGCGACCACAAAUUGUCCGUGACCGCUUCCAUGACCACCACUACCCUCUGGGCAAACCUCCUCCCCUUUUGCGCCGAUUAUAGCCUCCACCAGGCCCUCUUGUGCUACGCGUAUUUCCGAUAUUACAGCUACCAGCGCCAGCGGCGACUGCUCGCGGCGAGCCCUUCCUCGGAGGACGACGACGAGGACACGGCAAAUGGUGCGUCGACUUUGAUCACGGAAGACGACAGGGAGCUGGCCCGGGACCUCGGCCAAAAAUCUCUCCGCCUCGCGACCAACCGUGGUGUCGGUCUGGUCUGUUCCGCGGUUGGAGCCGGGGUCGGAACCGUGGUCUGGCCCGGCUGGGGAACCAUCGUCUUCUCGGCCCUCGGCGACGCCACCGGUGGAAUGAUCACGGACGACGGGUAUUUCAAGGCCAAGCAGAGCCUCGAGGAAAAGCGGGCGAAGGACGAGGCCAGGGACGACAGUAUCAGCCGGCAGGUGCAGUGAUCGGUGAUCGAUGUGAAAUUUGAAACGUGAACUGUGAAUGGCAACAGGCCAGUGCAUUUUGACACAACGAAGAAAAAGAUGUCGGUUUGAGUGAGGGAUAUGGACGAGACGAAGGAUUCACUUGCCAAGAUUUUACUGUAUUGAAAAUGCGUUCAACACACGCGUACACUGAUGUAUACUAAGGAUUUUAACCAUACCUG